AUGGUCGGCCUCAGUUUAUUGGCUCGCUUGAAUAAACUUGUUGCAACAGCUAAACACAGUGAUCCGAUGUCUACAAUGGGUGGUAUAAACAUAAUUUUUUUCGGUGAUUACAUUCAAUACUCGCCAGUAUUUGACAAACCGCUUUAUUAUAAUUUCGCCUCUAAAAUAAAUAAUGAUACAGAAAAGAACGGGAAGCUGGCUACUGAAAAUGAUAUUCAACAAAAGAGUGCUCGAGCAUUGAUCUUACAGAUCAACUGUGUUGUCAUGCUUGAAGAACAAAUGAGAACGAAAGAUUUGGCUUAUCGAGCUCUUUUAGACAGAGUUUGCAAUGGCGAAGGCAUACAUGAAAAUUGGCUCUUACUUCGAACACGAGUGAUUGGCAUAGGACUUCAUAUUUCCCUUAACGAACCACCAUGGAACGAGGCUCCAAUUCUUGUUUACCGAAAUGAACUUCGAACUGAACUGAACAAUCGAGCAGUCAUCAACAAAGCAUAUGAAAUAAGUCGAGUACCAACUGUUGUAAUUGCCACGGACACAAUAAAAGCUAAGAAGCAUAUUGAUCUUCCUGAUUUAACAAGACGUCUUCUCACUUUGUCUGACAACAAAACCGAACAUUUACCCGGCUAUUUGCCUCUCGUACCAGGAAUGCCAGUUCUACUACAAGAAAAUAUUGCCUGUGAACUUGGUCUCUCGAAUGGUACACAAGGCAUCUUUCGAGAGUUAGUUUACAAUCACACAUCAGAACUUACUACUGGCUCUAACGAAGACGUUUUCACGUCCGAUACGGUCUUUGUACGCAAUGCUCAAUAUGCAUUGGUGGAAGUACGUAAGUCCAAAUUAAAAAAUCUAGAUUCACUCGAUUCACACAUCAUCCCUAUUCCUGUCAUCGAAAAAACAUUCGACGUCAAUCUAGACAAACUAUAUGCAGACAAAGGAGCAGUUAUGAAAAUACUCAAGGAGAAAAAACUUAAGGCUACUAUCUGUGUGAAAAGAAAAGCUUUACCACUGAUACCAGCCUACUCUAUUACAGCUCAUAAAAGCCAAGGUCAGACACUAUCCAAAAUAGUCAUUGACUUGAAUAUGCCACCUGGAAUAGUAGAGGUGGCAUCGGCUUAUGUACCACUAUCGCGAGUGGAACAGCUUACGAACGUUGCUAUUUUACAAGACUUCAGCAUCAGUGCUUUGCAAGUAAAACCAUCUAAAGGACAAAUUGCUGAGCUUAAUAGAUUAGCUGUAAUUUUUGAACAAACAAAACAACGUUAUGCUCAAUAUUUUGUAUAA